AUGCAGAAAGAGAAUCAAGAGAACAGCUUUAUGUGCGAGCAGUGCUACAGAAAGUUCGAUACCUGGCGAGGGCUGAGAGUGCACCAGGGAAAAGUCUGUUUAAAGAAGAGAAGACAGUGCAGAUCGUCAGAUUGUAAGACGCGAAGCAAAUCAUCCCAGGAUGAAAACCACAGCGGAGCGAUUAGUGCUUCAGUCGACUCUCCUUUCACCCUGUCUCAGCAAGAGAUGGAACAGCAAACGGAACCAGGGUUACGGAAACCCAGAAUACUGUGGCCUGCUGCUAACGAGAAGGCAAAAUACAAGACGUUAGAAGAAGAAGUCCAGAAGAAAUUGAAAGAAGUCAAAAAGAGUUCUAACAGAGGGGAUGCUAAAGAAAUAUUGAGUGCGUUUGCGACCAUUAUCUAUGACUCGGCAAUAAAAGAGUUUGGUAUUUGUGAAGGAAAGAAAAAGACGGAGAAGAAAAGUGGAUUGAGUAGAAGGCAGAGAGUACUUGCACAGCUAAGAAAACAGAAACGAGACUUGCAAAAGCAGAAAAAGUACGCACCACCAGAAGAGAUAGAAGGCCUAAGAAUCUUGUUUGAAGAUCUUAAGAAAAAGAGCAGAGACCUACAGAGGCACGAAAGAAGGUGUACCAGGAGAAAAGAGAGAAAAAGGGAACGUGAACAAUUUCUGAAGAAUCCUUAUGAAGCAGCAAAAAAACUGUUCACAGAGGCACGGAGUGGUAAAUUGGAAUGUACGAAAGAGGAACUCGAUGCUUAUGUUAAGCAGACGUACAGCGAUUCAAGAAGAGAAGAACCGCUUCCUUAUAUGAGAGGCCUGAAGCGUCCAGCUGCCCCCGUCGUCAAAUAUUACCUGGGACCAAUUAGAGAGAAAGAAGUAGAUGAGUUCGUAAAAAAAGCAAGAGCAAAAAGUGCACCUGGAGGAGAUGGCGUGUCUUAUAAGGUGUUCAAGUAUUGCUACACGCUGGGACACACCCUCUUUGAGAUGCUAAGAGGCCUUUGGAAAGACAAAGAAAUCGUCAAAGAUUGGUGCAGAGCGGAGGGCGUGUAUCUACCCAAAGAACAGAAUGCAAAGGAGAUAGGACAGUUCAGACCUAUUUCAAUCAUCAACGUGACGUGCAAGAUCUUUAUGGGAAUACUUGCAAAGAGGACUGUAGCAUAUUUGCAAAGUAACGGCUAUGUGGAUGAAACGGUACAGAAAGCCGGGGUACCAGGGAUCCCAGGCUGCAUCGAGCAUGCUUUCACCAUUUGGGACACAAUCCAAGAGGCCAAGAAAAACAAGGAAAGUUUAAACGUAGUGUGGUUGGAUCUGGCGAAUGCCUACGGGUCUGUUCCCCAUAAAUUGCUGAUGAAGGCAAUGGAUUUUUUCUACGUCCCACAAGAGGUGCAAAACAUUAUGAGAGGAUACUAUAGUAACUUCCAGAUGCGAUUCUCAACCGCAAAUUUCACAACGGAAUGGCACCGACUAGAGAUUGGGAUUGCAGCUGGCUGCUCUAUAUCGGUCAUCUGGUUCAUCCUGGUAAUGGAGAUGCUACUGAGAUCUGCAGAAUGCUGUGAAGAAGAAGCAAAGGUGAGAUCACCAAAGAAAGCCUUUAUGGAUGAUGUGACCCUACUGACAAGAGAUGGAGACACAAUGCAAAGUGUGUUGAAUCGGCUCGAUAAGCUUAUCACCUGGGCCAGGAUGAAGUUUAAAGCUAAAAAGUCUAGAAGCCUGACUAUUAACAAAGGAAAACAGAAGCAACUGAAGUUCACAAUUGCAGGGGAGCAAAUGCCCACAGUAAAAGAACAACCCGUGAAAAGUUUGGGUCGGUGGUACUCAGGAACUCUGUCUGAUAGGAGUCAAGGCGUGGAAAUCAUGAAGCAGGCUGAAAAUGGGCUGAAAGCAAUUGACCAGACAAAGCUUCCAGGAAAGCACAAGAUAUGGUGUCUACAGUUUGCCCUCUACCCUCGAUUGGCGUGGCCACUGACAAUGUAUGAAGUUGCUUUGUCAAGAGUUGAGAUGAUCGAAAGAAAGUGUAACAGCUACAUCAGGAAGUGGCUGGGGCUACCCCGUACCAUUAACACGUCAUCCCUGUACAGACAUAGAGGUGCGCUUCAACUACCUCUCACGUCAAUUGUGGAGAUCUACAAAGCAGGAAAAAUUAUGAACGCUCAAAAAUCAGUUUCCAAUUGCAAGAUUCAUGUCUCCGACGAGUCCCGGUUCUCUUUGCAUCACAAUGACGGCCGUAUCAGGGUUUGGAGGCGACCCGGAGAGCGGCUCCUCGAUGGAGCCGUCAGAGAAGUGAUGCCUUUUGGAGGUGGUUCCGUGAUGGUAUGGGGUGCUUUCAGUCUGAACCACAGAACACCUCUGUACCAAGUGCUAGGGAAUCUCACUGCAAUACGUUACCGAGAUGAGAUACUCCGUCCAUUAGCACUACCUACUCUGCAGCAGAUGGGGCCACACGCAGUGUACCAGGAUGACAACGCCCGACCUCAAAGAACGUUGCUUGUCCAAAACUUCAUGCAGCAGGCUGACAUCAACCGAAUGGACUGGCCGGCCUGCAGUCCGGACUUGAAUCCAAUAGAAAACCUCUGUGAUGAGCUGCUACGUCGAGUCAGAGACAACCACACCCCUCCAGGAGACGCGCAGCAACUGUUUCAGAUGCUGUAG